AAAUUUUGAUCCUUAAAAAGAGUGACAGAGAACUAAAAUGCUGCACCGCCUGUUGUUCGUAGUUGUUGCUGUUUGCUGGUUUCCAGUGUCGCUUUGCGAAGAUGCCACUUUCGUUCCAGAUCUCGACGAGACCGAGAGUCCAACUCUUGAUCAGAGCGUCAUUGCCACUGUAGUACCGGCUGAAGCAAUCGUUGAAGCAGAAGAAGAGGAGCCAGAGGCAGCCUUACCAGCAGUGACUGAAGAAGAACCAGAACCUGAGGACGACCUCGUCGUCACAGUAGCUCCUACUGAUGAAGUGACUGAAGCAGCUCCGGAAGAAGUACCAGUAGUGGAAGAACCAGUAGAAACACCUGAAGCAGAGCCAACAGAGGAAGAAGUAGAGGUAGAACCAACAGAAGCUGUGACAGUGGCACCGGAAGAUGACGAAGAGCCUUCACUAUUAAUACCAGCUGGUACUGCCACUACAGCACCAUCUACAGUUGUGCCUCCUCCUGAGGAAGAUUCGUCUGACUCAUUGCCAGAUGAAACCACAGCGCAAGUAGAGAAAACCAACGCCAAUUCUGACGGUGAAACUACCGCCACGGAUGGAGAGGAAGACGUCAAGGAUGAAGAAGAAGAGGAAACCACUACUGGUACUGGUACACGUGGGGCCAGCAAUCCUACCCAGAGCGUCAGUGCAGCCGGUAGACCAGCCUGUUUUUCCCUACUGAUGGCGCUUGUUCUUGGCAGCUCUUUCCUUUCUCUUCUCUUCUAGCUACCGGUAGCCACUAGAGUAGAGUGACAAUCUUGUGCUGCUGUGCCUCACUUAUGCAUAGCUUUGAGGAUGUAUUAGCGUAUCUGUAUGUAACAUACUUCUACUAGUAUUGUUCUACCACUGC